AGCGAUCCCUCAUUCCUGUGCCGACUCUCAUCUCAUUCACAACUAUUCACUCAAAACGAGAGCACAAGUCGUAUAACGAGAGGAAGAAUAAUACGAGAAGAAGAAGAAAAAGUUUUUCUCUCAAAAGUGUUUGUUUCGUAAUUGCAUAUCAUUUUGGCGUUAAUUGCGUUGACGUGAGCCAUGUAUGACAACCAUCACCACAAUCUCCAACCCCUACAACACGCCUCACAGUCAGACAUAUCUGUCAGUCACACGAUUGGGAGCCAACAGUUGCUGUCAUCGACACAAUCAACGAUUACCACAAAUACAUCGCAAAUGAAUCCGUAUUACAGUUCGAGUAAUCUCUUGAGAUUCGGAUCCGUCGGACCACAACUCGAUCGCAACUCCGCACUGUUUCCGUACCAGAACUAUAUGGGCGUCGGUAUGAAUGCCAUGAAUAACCACCAGUGGAUUAAUCCCUAUGAAAAUCCUUUGAGUACAUUAAACGAUCUGACGCUAAAUAUAAUGAGCGCUUCUGUGGUGAACACAACCGACUCGCGUAAACAGCGUCGAAGUCGGACCGCAUUCACGCACAACCAAUUGGCGGCACUGGAGUCGACGUUCAGCCGAACCCAAUACCCGGAUGUGUCGACUCGCGAACGGUUAGCCCUUUUGACACAUUUACCCGAAGCCAGGAUUCAGGUCUGGUUUAAGAAUAGACGCGCGAAGUAUAGGAAAACUAUGAAAGGAAUUGGAGUUAAUGUAAGCGAACAUAAGUUAGAGAAGAGUAGCCCUCAGGAGUUGGAGAAAAGAGAUGAUCACUGUUUUGAUGCAAAAACUGAUGCAUCCGUUAAAGAACCGGAGGAAGAGGUGAUUGUGGCGGACGAUAGGCUUCUCAUGAAAGCAGAUGUCGAUAAUAUGAUUGACAGAAGAGGUUCAACCGAUUCUUCCUAUAAUAAUAUCCCAUCUCUUAUGUGGUCGUCAUUGUUAUGUGGAUCAACUGACUUCGACGAAGAGAAUGGUGUCUUCUAUUGUACAAUAUGUCAAACACAGACACAGGGCUUUACACAAGAGAGUGCGGAAGUGUUCAUCGAUAGGACCAAAGUCUUCGCCAAAGAGAUCAAAAGCAAAAAGAAACGCAAGACUAAAGAUCGGAAGACUAGUGUCCUCUGGACCACAACCGAAGCCUUCAAUAUAAUACUCCGGAAGCAAAUGAAUGGUGUGUUUGAGUUGAACGCAUCGCACAUGGAUUGGUCGGCCUUCAAGAAGUGCGCCACCAUUUUGUGGUUCAGUUAUCUCCGUAAGUGUGGUCUCGGCUUCACUGGUGAGGAGACGGCAGACGCCGAGACCAUCAGUCGACGCCUUCAUCCGGCCUCACGUUUUCGCGACUUUCAGAUACUGACCAAUAAAGUGAGCGACUCUUUGCCGCCUUUCAAGAACGGCUCCUCCGCUAAAGGCUUUGUCGGUGUGUUUAAGUUGGGCGCAGACGGUGUCGUCCGCACUGUCGAGGAAUUGGAUUCGCUCGACGACUAUGUUUGCCAUAAGAGUGAUAAACGACGAGUCAAUGAUGUCUUCUCCGAGCGAAACAUCGAUCCGAGAGAUUACUCGAAGCAAAAGCCCUACGAAAUGAUGAUAUCGAAAGAGUCCCGAAGAUUACUAAUGAAAGUAUUAUCUGAAAUGGAUUUAAAGAAUUCGGUCGAAGAGACCAUCGGUUUGUCGGAAAAAGGCGUUGAUUUCAGUGACGAUACAGACAUUCAAUUCGAUAGCGAAGACUCCAGUAGUGAAGAAGUGGAGAAUUUGGACCAAAAGCCGCACCACUUGACACUGCUGUUCCUAUUGCACAGGUAG